AGCAGGAAGAGUGAUGGCGGUGGCUCAACCAAAGCUAGAGAAGGAGGGCGACGAUUGCUCUUUGCUGCCUUUAGUUCAUGAUAUUAUCAAAUGCAUGGACAAGGACAGCCAGGAUGUCCACCAAGAACUGGCCAAGCUGAAGGCAAAGAUCCAGGAGGCUCGGGAGCAGAUAUCCAGCAUGCCCGGGGUAGACAGCAGUCCGCUGGAGCAGCAGCAGCAGCUGGCCACGCUGCGGGAGCAGGUCCGUACCAAGAACCAGCUGCUGCAGAAAUACAAAAGCCUGUGCAUGUUUGACGUGCCAAAAGCAUCGUGAAAGUGAAGACUGGGUUAAUGUACUGACUGGAGGAAGCACACAGACAUGCCAGGUGCUGGAAGGACUUCUUUUCAUGCUCGCCUAUGGCGCACAUAAACGUGCGAUUCAUGAAUACGGGAUGGACGUUUAGAUGAACAAAGACUUAUUCUUCCUCAGUUGCGUCGCAUUUCGAGAUUUGUUUGAACGUCUGGCAAUGUCCUCUUUUUCUCUUUGCUUUUUCGUUACGAGAAUGCAAACUUGGUUAAGUUGUAUUUGUAUUUAAUGUAGUUUUUCAGUGUUUCGUUUUCUUAUCCUGUGAUAUCUUGUAACAUCUCUAUUUUGUAAUAAAAUUAAUUGGUAAAAACUGAUUCUCUUAAAGGCCUUUUUAAAGUAGCGUACUAGUGGUACACAUUCAUUGAAUCCCGUGGCCUUCAUCAUUAAUCAAGCAUCUUUUUUCCUGCUGUCAGUGUGGAAAGCGAUCAUUCAUUCAGUUUUAGACUUGGAGAGAUUUAUCCAGAAUCCAGUGAUUCAAUGAUGGAAAAUGUGUAUCUACAUUUACAAGCUGGUAACAGGAAAGGCUGAAAUAGUUAUCAGUAGCACCGUAGUGAAAAUGCUGUGGGGAGUGUGUUUAGGGCUCCUAAUGGACACAGUUCAGUAGGCUGCCUGUGCAUGAAGUGACAGGAUCAUCUAUCAGGCAACAUA